UUUGUGUCUCGUGUAGGCAGAGUUGAAACUGCCGAGGUACACCCAAUAUCCCGAGUUUCACAACAGCUUUAGAAAUGAAGGAAACCACGUUUAACUACAAUAUUAUUCCGAGACGAACGGUAGAUGAAGUAAUCGUCUGAUGCGAUCUAGUUUUACACAACUUCAGAAACAACAACUAAUCUUUACAUAUGUCAACAGAGGAAGUCGUGGCUUUAUUUCUGUCCAUCUCGGAAGUGCCGUUGGCUCAUUGUAUGGGUUCUCUGCAAAAAACGUUAAUGGCGGAGAGCCAAGCUGUCGAAAAGUCAGGUCGCCGACGUUAUUCUUACCGUGAAAGGUCCAGUACCGAGAACGGAGAGAGCAGAGUACUCCAGUUAGCGGCGGAAAAAGCUGAAAAUGAAGAUGUCAGUUUCGACAACGAUGGCACAGACACAGGUCACAUGUAGACCACAGUGAUACCAAAGCAGACCCAGAUCCAUCAUACUGUGGCAGUGGAUCAAGCCUCCACCACACCCCUCCACACAUGCAGCCUGUGGCCAUAUGUUCAGGACAGGAGGAUGAUGCCUGCACAUGUCCACACUGGAGAGAAGCCUUACUCCUGCUCCGACUGUAACAAGACCUUCCACAGACAGGAAUCUAACACAAACUACUACACCAAGGGGGGAGGCCUCUGCCUGCCCGCGCACCUUCUUCCGUUCUGACGGACGCAAGCAACACAUGCCCACCAAGAGGACAGGCCCAAGCCGUACAUGUGCUCGCACUGCGGCAAAUACUUCUCCAACGCCACGGCGGUCGCCGCACACGGGAGAGCAGCCGUUUCCGUGCCCGUACUGUGAGAAGACGUUUGUGACCGCCAGUGUGGUGAAGGUGCAUGCCCUGUGCCACCUGAGUGAGCAACCUCGCCCGUGUACCCAGUGUGAGAAGAACUUCAGAACAGUGCAUGAUCUGAGACUUCAGCUGGUGACAAGGCCCUUCCUGUGUGAGAAGUGUCCCAACGCCUUCAGGACAGCCAGGAUUCUGCAUAACCACAAGGACUGUGACCACGCCUGUAAGGACUAGAACAAGACCUUCAAGACACCCCCAUCACCUGUGAGGACUGCAACAAGACACCCCCAUCACCUGUGAGGACUGCAACAAGACACCCCCAUCACCUGUGAGGACUGCAACAAGACACCCCCAUCACCUGUGAGGACUGCAACAAGACACCCCAUCACCUGAAGCUCCACUCGGAGGACACGCCCUACGUCUGUCCCGACCGCCUCACCCUCCACUGCCGUACCCACGUUGCAGAGCCCAAGUCCAGGAAGACGCGCCACGAGUGUUCCAUGUGCCUGCGGGCGUUCACCAAGGAGAGACACCUUAAUGUUGAGCACGGCGUCGAACCGUCCAUCCCCCCCGGGUCAAAGUUGAACUGUCAUCUGGAUUGGAGGCGAAGACUAGGACAGGUCAAACCCAAACCGCCUUGGUUCAGGUGUAACCUGUGUCGGGUUAGUUUUACAGGUCUGAACCAACUGGAUAACCACAUCUGUGACGAGGAGAGACGGAGUCAGAGACACAGACAGUUACAGCAGAACGAGGAUCACAAUGAAGAAGUCAGAGCAGAGUUUGGUGUUGAAAGAAGAAAACGUGUUCCUGUCUUAUAGACUACUUCUGCCAGUGUCUAGUAGUACACUCCAUAGACACCAGCUUGUGUCAGGGAGUGCUGUAGCAGGAAAAACAGGUCUAGGACCAGUUGUUAAACCACAGCUUGUCAGGGCCGGGGAGUGCUUUAGCAGGGAAUACAGGUCUAGGACCAGUUGUUAGAACGCAGCUUGUCAGCACCAGGGAGUGCUGUAGCAGCAAGAACAGGUCUAGGACCAGUUAGACUGCAGCUUGUGUCAGGGCCGGGGAGUGCUGUAGCAGGGAAUACAGGUCUAGGAACUGCUAGAAUGCAGCGUGUGUCCGGGUCAGCAGGAAGAACAAGUCCCAGGCCUGUUUUUAUGAUUGUAGCCAACCAGGGAGUGGGACAGCCUCUGACCUUGUUCCAAGCACCUGCAGUGAGGUUCACAACUUGUAGAGUCACAGCACCAUCUACAGGCCAAACAGUGAAACAGCAACACCCUCUGUGACUAGUUUACAUGCCUGUGGUAUCAUCCACAGCAACACCCAUAGCCAGACCAGUAGCAGCAGUAUAGUAUCCAAACCCAUAGUAACACUAGUAAAUCCCUUAGCAAAACCUCUAGUGACAAGUCUCACCUGUAGCAGCACCAGUCACCUCCAGACCAGCAAUGACAUCACAACUAUGGCAGCACCAGUAACUCCCAGGUGAAGACCAAAUAGAAGCAAAUGUUUUUUUUUUGUUAAAUAAAUUAUAUAGAAUAGGGACAGGGAGGGACCGUUUUAGUUGCAAAAUGUUUUGCUACAGCGUUUAACUAAUGAAUUCACCCAUGGCUACUCCUCCACGCUAACAGUUGGCUGAAGUAAACCCUGAUGAGUGUCAAUGAAAAGACCCAUUGAAACAUCUCUCUAAAACAAAGUUUACUGCCAAAAGCCAUUGACAGUAAGAAUGUACACAGUGAUAAAUGCUAUUUGUAUGACCAUACAAACUGAUCAGAUAUACUUCAAGUUCCUUUCAUAAAGAACAGUCAUUCUAACAUGCAAACACAACCUUCUACAGGAUGAAGAACUGAUUAUGUGAACACGUUUAGGAUUACAAAUGUGUUAGUUUACUAUUCUAACAUUUAAGACUUGGAAGAUUUGAUUAAACAGUUAAGACUAUAAAAGUUACACAUGUUCAAUUUCUUGUUAGGUGUACAGCUUUGACAUAAUCCACUGUGUAUGUUAAGUCUGAUUUCCUCCACAGAACCAAUAAAUCUUCAUUUGUUUGUUUCAGCUGCAA